UCCCCGAAGCUCCCUUUGAGGUUAUCAAACGGUUCCCAGUAACCCUUUGGGCAUCGCAUCACCGUCCAUUUUGAUAAGAAAAUCGGGAAGAAGCAGCCGUGCACGAUGCAUCAUACUGGUGAUUCACACGGUACCUGAAGCACGAAGAAACAGAAAACUCGAAUACAAAUUUAGGCAGCAUAGGAAGCAAAAGCCAAAAGCUGUUAGAUUGGAUCUUCAUCAAUAAUGUUUUCUAGAUUCUUUCAGAAAUCUUCACCGCAACAAAGCCCACAGCCACAGCCACAGAACGUAGUGCAACGUCGUUUUUCGUCUGCGGAUUUUGAUCCGCGAGUUCUUCUUCACUAUGGUGUUCCAUCUACUGCGUCUAUCCUUGCCUUUGAUCGCAUCCAACGUCUAUUGGCGGUGGGAACACUUGAUGGCAGGAUAAAGGUGUUUGGUGGUGAUAAUAUUGAAGGGACUCUUAUCUCUCCUAAGCAAAUAUCGUUCAAGAAUUUAGAGUUCUUGGAAAAUCAAGGUUUUCUUGCUAGCGUCUCAAGUGAUAAUGAAAUACAGGUUUGGGAUUUGAAAAGCAGGCAAAUUGCUUCUGCUUUGCAGUGGGAAUCCAUCAUAACUGCUUUCUCUGUUAUUUAUGGCACCAGUUACAUGUAUGUUGGAAGUGAGCAUGGGAUGGUAUAUGUAUUGAAGUUCGAUCCUGAAGACAGAAAAAUUGAAAUAUUACCUUAUUAUGUUCCCACAAAUGUUAUAUCUGACGCAGUUGGGAUGUCACUUGAUCAUGUUUCAGUUGUCAAAGUUCUCCAUCAACCUUGUUCUGAAGGAAACAGACUGUUGAUCGCAUAUGAUAAUGGCGUGAUGACACUCUGGGAUGCUUCUGAAGAUCGAAUUGUUCUCAUAAGAGGUCACAAGGACAUCGAAUUGAAGGGGAAAAAACUGGCUAGUUAUCCAGAUGACCCUAAGGAUGAACUUUCUGAUGAUAAAAUAGACCCUGAAGAAGAGGAUAAGGAGAUAAGCUCUGUUUCUUGGGCAUCUAAUGAUGGAUCAAUUGUUGCUGUUGGUUAUGUAGAUGGUGAUAUAAUGUUUUGGGAUUUGUCAACUGCUGACUCUCCCCUGGAUCAACAAGCUGAAAAAUUGUCAAACAAUGUUGUCAAGCUUCAAUUAUCAUCAGCAGAUAGAAGACUCCCUAUUAUUGUUCUACAUUGGUGUGCCAAUAAAUCUUUUAAUAAUAGUGGGGGUAAACUCUUUGUCUAUGGUGGUGAUGAAAUUGGGUCUGAAGAAGUUCUGACAGUUUUGAGCGUUGAUUGGUCUUGUGGGAUUGAAAGUCUUAAGUGCACUGGCCGCAUUGAUGUUACACUGCAUGGUUCUUUUGCUGAUAUGGUUUUGUUAUCUAAUGAUCAACAUGCAGAGGGGGCUUGUAAUAUGCUAUUUGUAUUGACAAAUCCUGGACAACUGGAUCUUUAUGACGAUGAUUGUUUGUCUUCUUUGAUGUCUAAGCAAGAAAAGAAGAUUUCUCCUCCGACAAUGCAAUAUCCAAUUGUCAUACCCACUCUGGAACCAUGCAUGACAACAGCAAGGCUUGAUGUGGUAUGCCAAGAUGUGCAGUCAUUUAGGGCCUUUUCUGAGAUUCUUGUAGCUGCAAAGCAGCAUUCAGCACAAAAUCAGGCAGGUAUCGAUAUAAAGUGGCCUUUGACUGGUGGUGUUCCAGGCCAGCUUUUCAAAGAAGACCAUCCUUUCAUUCAAAUAUACAUAGCAGGUUACCAAGACGGAUCUGUUCGGAUAUGGGAUGCCACAUAUCCUGCUUUGUCACUUGUUUACAACAUAAAAUCUGAGGUGAAUGAUGUUAAAAUAGGCAGUGCAAAUGCACCAGUGUCAGCAUUGGAUUUUUGCCCUGAUGCUCUGCAUCUAGCUGUUGGCAAUGAAAUUGGUGUCGUUUGUUUAUAUGGGCUAAUAAGGAGUUCGGAUGACACAACUUUGCACUUCGUGACAGAAAAUGGAACAGAAAUUCAUAAUAUGCAUCAAGGGGAUGGACCUCAUUGCAAGGCAGUAUUUUCCAUUCAAAAUUCUGCUGUAUGCAGCCUACAGUUUGCAAACCUGGGAGAGAAGCUUGCUGUUGGAUAUGAACAUGGGCAGGUGGCUAUGCUUGAUAUCAGUACAUCAUCAGUUUUGUUUCUCACGAAUACUGAAUCUAACACACCUUCAGCAGUCGUUUCUCUGAAUGCAAAAUUUUCAGACACUAGUAGCUUAAACAUCCCACAGCAAUCUGUAUCUGAUAUUGCUGACCAUCCUGGAAAGGGGUUAGUUUUUAUCAUGACUAGGGAUGCACACUUUGUUGCGAUAGAUACUGCAACAGGGAAUUCGGUUUGCAGUAGGACAAUGAACCCAAAAGUGAAGUCAAAUGCAAUUUCAAUGCACAUUAUAGAUGGUAAUUCUGAACUAUCGGCUGAAAAACUGUCAUCCAACUCGCCUCGAAAGAGUGAUUCUGGAAUGCAAGCUUGCAUUCAAUCUGAAAAUACACAAGUUGCAGUUGAAACUCCUACUACCAUAGAGAAUUCGUAUUUUCGGCAGACAGUAUUGAACUCACUCAUUUUGCUUUGUUACGAGAGUGAAUUGAGCUUACACUCUUUAAAUUUUGUGAUUGAGGGUAGCAGUAAGUACAUACGGAAGGUGAACCUUAUACAACGAUGCUGCUGGGCAACAACCUUUAAGAAAGAUGAGAAAGAAUGUGUUCUGGUUGUUCUGUAUGAAACUGGAGACAUUGAGUUAAGGUCGUUACCUACUCUGGAAGUGUUGGGAGAAAGCUCUUUAAUGUCAAUCCUAAGAUGGAACUUGAAGACCAAUAUGGAGAAGACAAUAUGUUCUUCAUCAAAUGGACAAAUUAUUCUGGUCAAUGGGAAUGAAACUGCAUUUAUAUCACUGUUGACCUGUGAAAAUGAGUUCUGGAAUGCAGAGUGUUUUCCUUGUCUACAUGAUGAAGUUCUUGCAGCUGUGGUAGAUGUUACUGAAUCUUCAAACCAAAAUGAAAGACAGGUCCAGUUUAUUCAGGCUUGCUUACCUGCUAAAGCGGGGACAGCGGAUCAGAAUGCAAAUCAAGCUGUUCAUACUAAUAAUUUGGACAAUUUAAAACGAUUAUUCUCCAGUCCUCCUUUCUUAAAGCCUUCCUCAGGCACAGUAGAUAACCAAGAUGCUUUUGAGCUUGACAUAGAUGAAAUUCAUAUUGAGGAACCUUUAUCCAUUUCAUCUCCUCAGAGAAAUGAUAUUGACAAGAGAGAUAAAGGGAAAGAAACAGACAGACAGAAAUUAUUUGAGGAUGCAAGCAUUGACUCGAAACCAAGAGCUAGAACAGCUGAAGAAAUUAAGGCUAAAUACAGAAAGACGGGGGUAAAUCUAAGAUCUGAAAAUUCUGAUGCCUCGACAGCAGCUGCACUUGCAAGGGAUAAGCUUGUACAGCGGCAAGAGAAACUCCAGAUGCUCAGCCAACGUACUGAAGAGUUGCAAAGUGGAGCAGAAGACUUCGCAUCCAUGGCAAAAGAACUCGCUAAAAGAAUGGAAAAUCGUAAAUGGUGGCAGUUAUGAUUGGUUGCAUGAUUUGUUAUUUACAUCGACGGGGUAUGCUCCUUUGGAAGUUGAAGUUCUGGACUAGUGAACUCCCCUCGCUUCUUGCAUAGGUUACUCGUCUCUGAUUACGUUGCCUAUUUACUGUUUGUAAACAUAUUUCGUCCCAAGUGUGUAUUUGUGUAAUUUCACGAAUUUGAUUAUUGUGUACAGCACAUUAAUAUGUAUAUUAUAAUCAGCCUCAAUAAG